AUGCACUGCAACACUCUCUCCCUUGGCCUCGUUGCCUUCCUCGCCGGAUCCGUCAAUGCUCACGGCCACGUCAAGACUAUUGUCGCUGGCGGCAAGGAGUACACCGGUGGUCUUCCUCACAGUGCUCCCGCUGACGCUGUCGGUUGGGCUGCUGGCAACCAGGACAACGGCUUCGUUGCUCCUGAUGCCUUCAGUACUGCCGAUAUCAUCUGCCAUAAGAGCGCCAAGCCCGUCGCAAACGCCGUCUCCGUUGCCGCCGGUGAUGUUGUCACCCUGAAGUGGGACACCUGGCCCGAUUCCCACCACGGCCCCGUCACUGAGUACCUCGCCCCAGUCAGCGGCGACUUCGCCAGCAUCAACAAGAGCGGCCUCAAGUGGACCAAGAUCGCUGAGAAGGGUCUGAAGUCUGGCAGCAACCCCGGUGACUGGGCCUCCGACGACCUCAUCCGUGAUGGCUUCGCCUGGAAGUUCACCGUCCCCAAGAACCUCAAGGCUGGUAACUACGUUCUCCGCCACGAGAUCAUUGGCCUCCACUCCGCCGGCCAGGCCAACGGUGCCCAGGCUUACCCUCAGUGCAUCAACCUCAAGGUCACUGGAAGCGGCUCCAAGGCCCUCAACGGUGGCGACUUCACCAAGUUCUACACUCCCACCGACCCCGGUAUCCUUUUCAACCUCUACCAACAGUUCUCCUCUUACGAUAUCCCCGGCCCCGAUGUCGAGUCUAUCUAA